UUUCUUCCUUUCUCCUCACCUAGUCGUCAUCAACGAGACCCUCGUCUCUCUCUUUGCCUCUUCAUCCACUCGGCUUGCAAACGCAAGGUCUCGGAGACAUCGAGUGACGAUCUCACUCGUCGCCGACUUCUUCGAGAGUCGAGAGAGAACGCGGGAUCCUUGCUUCUACUUCAUCCCGCCACCCAUUCUCGCACGUCAUGCCGCCAAAGAAGCCAGGCCAGCCAGACCUCUCUGGCUACCAGUACAGCGCUCUUAGCUCCAUCGUCUCGUUUGCAGAUCGAAGGUUCGUCGACAACAAUGUCCAGAAUGAGCCAAAGGGAGACGCAGAGACGCUCAGAGGCAGGAUAGAUCCGAAGUCAAUGGGAUCGAGAGUUCAGAGGGAGCAGGUAAAGGACCUUGACAAGAAGAAAUCAAAGGCAGCAGCAGAAGAAAAGGCAAGGAAAGCUACGUCUUCGAAGAGGUCAGGGCCUUCUGCUGCUCAGGGCAAUUACGCAGAUGUCUUGCAGGCCACCGCAGACCUCGAAGGGCUGCGAUACAUUCCUCGUACUGCAGAGACGCGCGAAAUCUACGAGCUCAUCCUCAACAUCGUGCAUUCAGCACUGGGAGAUCAGACGUCAGAUGUCGUACGCUCAGCAGCCGAUGCCGCGCUAGAGACGCUCAAGGAUGAAGAGAUGAGGGAUUUUGACAAGAAGAAGGAGAUCGAAGACCUCGUUGGAGAGUUGAGCUCAGAAAGCUUCGGCCAGCUCGUCAAUCUCAGCAAAAAGAUCACAGACUACGACCAGGACGACCAACGGCAGCAGGAUCCAGAUGCCGACACGAGAGCCAUCGACGAAGAGACUGGCGUAGCAGUCCUCUUUGACAACGAAGAUGACGAGAGCGAUCAGGAUGAGGAAACCUACGUUGUUCGCGAAGAGUCAGACGAUGAUGAGGAUGACGGAGGAGCGGCAGUUCAGCAGCCUGCUGGCGAGGACGAUGUCACAGAGCGGGUCGAGGAUCAGAACGCGCCAUCAGAAGCUCUUGUCAUCGGCGAUUCGGCAGCGCGGGGCAAGAAGGGCGAUUCACUGUCAGUGCAUGACAUUGAUCCAUUCUGGAUCCAACGUCUCGUGGCCACGCACUAUCAAGACGAGCGAGAAGCCUCGGACAAGGCCAACGAGGCCUUCAAUCUCCUGGCCUCCGAGGCCAACACUCGAGACUGUGAAAACUCCCUCAUGGAGCUCUUUGACUACGAGAACUUCGACAUCGUCCAGACUCUCAUCAAGCAUCGAGAUGUCAUUGUCUGGUGCACGAAGCUGGGCCGCGCAGACGAAGAUGAGAAGGUCAACAUCGAAGUCGAAAUGAGGGAGAAAGGUCUCAAUUGGAUCUUGAAGGAGCUGAGAGGUGACAAGAAGGAUGGUGCAGAUGGAGACGCCGGAAAGGGGGUGCCGAUGGACAUCGAUGAUGCCACCAAGAAUCGCAUCCUUAAGAUGACUGGUCGCGCCACUCUCGCGCCUGGCACCACUGCACAGCCUCGCAAGGUCGUCGACCUCGAAGCCAUGGCCUUCUCACAAGGUGGUCACCUCAACUCGAAUGCAAAAGUACGUCUACCUGAGGGAAGCUUCAAGCGUACUGGCAAGGGCUACGAAGAGAUCCAUGUCCCAGCACCUACCCGCAAGGGCGGCAACGACGUCGACAAAGUUCCCUUCGCCUCUCUUCCCACUUGGGCUCAGCCUGCCUUUGGCACCACCGGCAGCCUGAAUCUCAUUCAGUCGCAGUGCUACCCGAUCGCAUUCGGCGAGGACGAGCCGAUGCUGAUGUGUGCGCCGACGGGAGCUGGCAAGACCAACGUCGCCAUGCUUACGAUCCUGCGAGAGCUUGGCAAGUGGCGCGACGAGCAGACUGGCCAAUUCGACCUCACGGGCUUCAAGAUCGUCUACGUGGCGCCGAUGAAGGCGCUUGUCGCUGAGCAAGCCGACAACUUCCGCCAGCGCCUAGCGUCAUUUGGCAUGGUCGUCAAUGAGCUCACGGGUGACAGCCAGCUCACCAAGCAGCAGAUUGCAGAAACGCAAGUCAUUGUCACGACGCCGGAGAAGUGGGACGUCAUCUCGCGCAAGAGCAGCGACACGUCGUACACCAAUCUCGUCCGCCUGAUGAUCAUCGAUGAGAUUCACCUGCUUCACGACGACCGAGGGCCCGUUCUUGAGUCCAUCGUUGCGCGUACCAUCCGACGCAUGGAGCAGCUCAACGACCCUGUUCGCCUGGUCGGUCUCAGUGCCACUCUUCCCAACUACAAGGAUGUUGCGACUUUCCUUCGGGUCAAUCCGAAGAAGGGCCUCUUCUACUUUGAGUCAGGCUACCGACCCUGCCCUCUCAAGCAAGAGUACAUCGGCAUCACCGAAAAGAAGGCAAUCAAGCGUUUCCAGAUCAUGAACGAGGUCUGCUACGACAAAUCGCUGCACUACGUCUCAGGCGAGGCCCAGCAAGAGGCGCAGAGCAGCGGUGCUGGUCAACAAUCCUCACAGACGGCAGUCAUGAUCUUUGUGCACUCGCGCAAGGAGACCGCCAAGACGGCCAAGUUCAUCAGGGACAAGGCCAUGGAAGCCGACACCUUGACGCAUUUCCUGCCUCGCUCUGCCGCCUCGAAGGAGCUGCUCACCAGCGAAGUCGAGAACGUCAAGGACGCCAAUCUGAGGGAUCUCUUGCCGUACGGCUUUGGUAUUCACCACGCUGGUAUGGGCCGCGCAGACCGCCAGCUCGUCGAGGAUCUCUUUGCUGGUGGGCACAUUCAGGUCCUCGUCUCGACUGCUACUUUGGCUUGGGGAGUCAAUUUGCCAGCACACACGGUCAUCAUUAAGGGCACGCAGAUCUACAACCCAGAAAAGGGGAGAUGGGUGGAGCUGUCUCCCCAGGACAUGUUGCAGAUGCUGGGUCGAGCAGGAAGGCCGCACUAUGAUACUUUUGGGGAGGGCAUUGUCAUCACCAACCAUAGCGAGCUGCAGUACUAUCUCAGUCUCCUCAACCAGCAGCUCCCCAUCGAGUCGCAAUUCGUCUCCAAGCUCGCGGACAACCUCAAUGCCGAAAUUGUUCUGGGCACCAUUCGCAAUCGCGAUGAGGCUGUGGCGUGGCUGGGAUACACGUACCUUUACGUCCGCAUGCUCCGCACGCCAGCUCUGUACAGCGUCUCGGCAGACUAUGCGGAAGACGAUCCCUUCCUCGAGCAGAAGCGGGCAGACAUUAUCCACUCGGCCGCUGUUGUACUGGAGAAGUGUGGACUUUUGCGCUACGAGCGCAAGUCUGGCCUCUUCACCUCCAACGAGCUCGGCCGCAUCGCUUCGCACUACUACAUCACCCACACCAGCAUGGCAACCUAUCAUCAACACCUCAAGCCUCACCUGGGGCUCAUAGAACUUUUCCGCAUCUUUGCGCUCUCAGAGGAGUUCAAGUACCAGGUCGUCAGGCAAGAUGAGAAGCUCGAGGUCGGCAAGCUGCUGGAACGCGUCCCCAUCCCGGUCAAGGAGUCGCUGGAUGACCCCGCGGCCAAGGUGAAUGUCCUGCUGCAGUCUUGGGUCUCGCAGCUCAAGCUUGAAGGCUAUGUGCUGGCCGCGGACAUGGUCUACAUCACGCAAUCAGCCGGGCGUAUCCUUCGAGCCAUCUUUGAGAUCUGUCUGCGCAGAGGCUACGCUCGUCUGAGUCACACAGCCUUGGACCUGUGCAAGAUGGUUGAGUCCCGUCAAUGGGGCUCAAUGACACCGCUGCGCCAAUUCAAGGGCGUGCCAGCAGACCUCGUCCGCCGUCUCGAGAGGAAGGAGUAUCCGUGGGCCCGCCUGCGGGACCUCGAGCCAAACGAGAUUGGUGAGCUCAUCGGAGUGCCCAAGGCCGGUCGACUGGUGCAUCGCCUCGUCAACCAAUUCCCGCGCCUGGAGUUGCAAGCCUUCUUCCAGCCUUUGACCCGCUCCCUCCUCUCAGUGCAGCUUACGCUCACUCCGGACUUCCAGUGGGAUGAAAAGAUCCACGGCGGCGCCCAAUCCUUCCAUGUACUGGUCGAGGACGUGGACGGCGAGAUUGUUCUCUUCCACGACACGUUCUUGCUGCGUCAGCGCUUCGCAGAAGAGGAGCACACGAUCAACUUCACGGUACCAAUCACAGACCCUGUUCCGCCCAAUUACUUCAUCAGCAUCGUCAGCGACCGAUGGCUGCAAAGCGAAAUGCGUUUGCCCAUCUCCUUCAAGAACCUCAUCCUUCCAGAGAAGUUCCCGCCCCACACGCAGCUCCUCGACUUGCAGCCGCAGCCCGUGUCGGCGCUGCGCAACAAGGAAGCGCAGGCCAUCUUUGAGAAGCAGCACAUCGCCUCGCUCAAUCGAAUUCAGACGCAGACGUACCACGCCAUUUACGAGACGGACGACUCCGUGCUUGUUGGCGCGCCGACAGGGAGCGGCAAGACAUUGUGCGCCGACUUGGCCUUGCUUCGUCUCUGGAACGAAGCCGAGCCUGCUCGGGCCGUGUGCAUCGUGCCGUACGAGACGAUGCAAGCGUCGCGUGUCACAAGGUGGCAGGGCAUGUUCGGCAACUACCGCGGAGGCAAGGAGAUUGUUGCCCUCGUAGGAGAAAUGAGCGCCGACCUUCGUCUGCUCGAGACGGCAGACGUCGUCGUUGCCACGCCUGCGCAGUGGGAUGUUCUCUCGAGGAGAUGGAGGCAGCGCAAGAACGUGCGAAACAUCGGUCUUUAUAUCGCGGAUGAGGUGCAGCUGCUCGGCGAUUGGAAUGUCGGCCCCUCGUACGAGACGGUCCUCUCUCGUGCACGCUUCGUCGCGGCCCAGAAUGAGGACGUAGCCACUCGCUUCCUCGCCCUGACUGUACCGUUGGGCAACGCGCGAGACGUUGGUGACUGGCUGGGCUGCCCUAGCGGGUCUGUCUUCAACUUCUCGCCCGCAGCUAGGCCGAUCCCGAUGGAGGUGCACUUGCAGAGCUUCAAUAUCCCGCACUUCCCCUCGCUCAUGAUCGCGAUGGCCAAGCCCGCCUACCUCGCCAUCACGGAGUAUGCGCCCGAGUCGCCCAUCCUGGCCUUCGUGCCUUCGCGCAAGCAGGCCAAGUUGACAGCAAACGAUAUCCUCUCGUACGCAUUGGCGGACAGCGAUCGUGAUGGUGGAGAGUCGCGCUUCCUCAACAUCGAGGCGGAGGAUCUCAAGCCUCACCUUGACCGCAUCCAAGACCGUGACCUGGCAGAAGUCGUCGAGAACGGUGUUGCCUACUACCACGAGGGGCUUUCACGCUCAGACAAGCGCAUCGUUGAGCGACUCUACGAAGCUGGGGCGAUCCAGGUUGUGGUGGCCAGCAAGGAGACGGCGUGGAGCAUCCCAUUGACGGCACAUAUGGUGCUGGUGAUGAGUGUGCAAUCAUUCGAUGGUAAAGAGCAUCGCUACGUUGACUACCCGAUCACAGAUGUGCUUCAGAUGGUUGGACGAAGCACGCAACGCGGACCCGAUGGGGAGAGCAGUCGUUCUGUCCUGCUCUGCCAGGCGUCGCGCAAGGAUUUCUUCAAGAAGUUCCUUGCCGAGGGCUUGCCACUAGAGUCGAAGCUCAACUCCUUUGCUCAAGACUUCUUCAAUGCAGAGAUCGUGGCGCGCACGGUGGACAACAAGCAGGCGGCAGUCGACAUCCUCACCUGGACGCUCAUGUAUCGUCGCCUUCGUCAGAACCCGCAGGCGUACAAUUGCCAGGGAUCGUCGCAGCAAGCUAUUGGAGAGUACCUCUCCGAGCUCGUGGAGACGACUCUUUCUGAGCUGGAGAACAGCAAAUGCGUGGCAAUCGAGGACGACUUUGAUGUCUCACCCUUGAACCUGGGCAUGAUCUCCAGCUUCUACAACAUCUCUUACGUGACCAUCGAUGUCUUCAACAUGUCGCUCAAGGAGCGCACGAAGAUGAAGGGUCUGUUGGAGAUUGUCAGCUCAGCAGCAGAGUUCGAGGACAUUCCCAUCCGCCAGCACGAGGAUGUUGUUCUUCGUCGUCUGUACGACCGCCUCCCUUACAAGUUGGACAAAAUCUCUUUCACCUCCCCCUACCACAAGGUCUUUGUCCUCUUGCAGGCGCACUUUGCCCGCCUCGCUCUACCCGUAGACCUGGAGACAGACCAACGCUUGGUGCUGGGCAAGGUGCUCAACCUCCUCUCAGCUUGUGUAGACGUCAUGAGCUCAAAUGCUUACCUGAACGCAAUCAUCGCCAUGGAGCUUUCUCAGAUGUGCGUCCAAGCCGUCUGGGAUCGCGACUCUCCGCUGAGACAAGUACCGCACUUCACGGCGGAUAUCAUCGAGCGCUGCAAAGCCAAGGGGCUUGAGGAUGUCUAUGCAUUGGGUGAGGCGCUGGGUGAAAUGGAGGAGCAGGAGCGCGACGAAUUGCUGCAGUUGUCGGGAAAGAAGCUGGCCGACGUGGCUACGUUCACCAACAGCUACCCCUACUUGGAGGUUGAGGCCACUUGGGCCGACACAGAGGACUUGAGGGCCGGAGAUAGCAUCGUGCUCAACGUCGACCUCUCUACGGCGGACGACGACGAGGAGGACGAAGAGGAAGAGGCAGGCGCCCCCGAGCCCAUCCCUGCCCCUCACUUCCCCAGCGGCCGCAAGACGAUCAAUUGGUGGAUCGUGGUUGGUUCACCCGGCACGCGACAACUCCUCGCAAUCAAGCGCGUCGUCAUGACCAAGGCAAAGCUGGCCGGUCUAAAGCUUGAGCUCUCGCUACCCAAGGGCAAGCACGACGAUUUGACGCUUUACUGCUGCUCGGAUGCUACGUUGGGCUCUGAUAGGCAGAUUGAGUUGCCUGGGUUGGAGGUGGCGGAGGGCGAGGACUCAGAUGAGGAUGAGAGCGAAGACGACGAGGAUGAGGAGAUGGCUGAUGCGGAAUGACGGAUGGGGAGGUGACAUGCUAGCUAGAAGAAGAAGAUUUGAAAAUUGUACUUUGAUUGCCUACACGCUAGCAUCGUGAAGUUCGAUGG